AUGGCUGCUGAGAGCGUUCCCUCAGAGAUCAUAGAAAGACAACGAAAAAAAUUGCUUAAUAUUCUCCAAGAAGAUCCAGAUUCUAUCCUGGAUACGUUAACCUCUCGACAGCUGAUUUCUGAAGAAGAGUAUGAGACUUUAGAUAAAGUUACAGAUCCCUUGAAGAAAAGUCGAAAGCUGUUAAUUUUGGUACAGAAAAAGGGAGAGAUGUGCUGUCAGUAUUUUCUCAAGUGUUUACUUAGUACUUUUCCAGAGUCAGCUACUACUUGGGACUUACAGCUUGAACUUUUAAAACACAAGGAUAUCACAUCUCCUCAAUCCAGAAGUAAGAAUUCAGAAAAUACUUUUUCCCCUAGAGAAGAACAAAACAAGAAUCCUGAGACCAGAGUGUUUUCCAAAGAGAAAGAACACUUGGAUCUGAAAACCUCUGCGUUCUUUAGGGACAAUAAAACUAGUGACCAGGAAAUUGCUUUGUCCUUCAGGGAGGAAGAGAAGGACUAUGACACUUCAAAAAUCACAUCGCCAUAUUCAGUCAAAAGAGUUGAAUAUGAAAUUCCAGCAACCAUUACAUAUUUACAGGAUGGACAGAGAUAUGAGGAGCCAGAUGAUUCUUUGUACUUAGGAAAAGAGGAAUAUCCAGGUUCUGCUGGGUACACUGAAGAUGCAGAAACUACUAUGAAAGAGGGAGGUUAUGAUGUUCUAGAGCACAUUGUGCAUCAUGGUAAAGAAGACUCCAAGUGUUCAGAAUCCAUCGGAUUCUCUGAUGAACGCAUUCCUGAGGAGUCAGAAACCAGCACUUCAUUGGAGGAGGGGGAUAAAAAUCUGGAAGAAAGAAAGAAAGUGUUUAAAGAUGUACUUUCCUCUUUGAAUAUGGAUAGAAGCAGAAAACUUCUGCCAGAUUUGGUUAAACAGUUCUCCUUGGAUCACGGAUGUAGGUGGACACCUGAGACUCCAGCAGACUUAGCCUGGAAUUUCCUGAUGAAAGUUCAAGCAUUGGAUGUGACAGCCAGAGACUCAAUCCUCAGGCGCAGGGUUCUGGAUGAAGAUAGCAAAGAGGAAUUGAUGACUGCUCUGGAAAAGUUGGAAAUUCGAGACAUACAAACCAUUCAUCCCCUUGAUGUGCUUUGUGCCUCCAUGCUGUGUUCAGACAGCUCUUUGCAACGAGAAGUCAUGUCAAACAUGUAUCGAUGCCAGUUUGCUCUUCCCCUGCUGCUGCCAGACUCAGAAAACAACAAAAGCAUCUUAAUGCUGAGGGCCAUGGAGGACAUUGUGAAGAAGCGGUCAACACAGUCCUCAGGAGGGCCCACGGGGGAUUCAGAAGAGUUUCUGAGUCUCAUGAAGAUGCCUGUCAUCUCUUUUGUACGUCUAGGGCACUGUAGUUUUUCCAAGUCCAGAAUCCUCAAUGCACUGCUCAGCCCUGACCGACUGAAAUCACACAAAAUCUUUCUUUAUCACGAUUUGUCUGUUCCGAUGCUUCCUAGGCAAAUAUCUGAUGGCCUAGUUGAGAUAACAUGGUGUUUUCCUGACAGUGAUAAAAGCCCGGGUAUUUUCCAAAAGCCUGUUGCUGUGGCCAACCUUCGUGGAGACCUAGAAAGCUUUUGGACACAGUUUGGGCUCUUGGUGGAAGUUUCCUCAGCUAUUUUUUUUUUCGCUGACUGCUUGGGUGAGAAGGAAUGGGACUUGCUGUUGUUUUUAGGAGAAGGUACCAUUCAAAGAUGCUACUUUGUACUCAGUCCCCAAGCCAGGGUGAGUGAAGAGGCUCAGAUUUUCCAGAGGACCUUGAAACUGAAACCAUCACAGCUACUGUUUUGGGAAGAGAAAGAAGCUGGGGACAGAGGGAAGAACAUGGAAGGCCUUUCCACUGCCCUCCAGGAAGUGAUGUCCUCUUCACUCAGAUGUGUGUCUGUGAAGGAUAUGGCCUCCCUGGCCAGGGAGUUGGGGAUUCAGGUAGACCAAGACUUUGAGAAUGCUCAAGGGAUUCAGAAUUUCCCUAAUGUAAACAGGGCUGGAACAGCUGAAGGUGAGGGACAACAAAGAUACAGUCAACUAACAAAUUCAUCUGAAAGCCAAGCUUUGAGACCUACUAGAGAUCCUGGCAUUGCAGGUGAAGUCAGCCAAAAUUUUCAGAAUUUUCACCACUCUCCAGUAUCCAAGUCUCAUCUAGAAAAUGCCUGGCCUUCACCAAACAGAAUUGGAGGUAACUUUGACCAGGUUUCCUUGGAGUCUCCCUGGGUUAUGGGCUCCCACUUAGGGUCAGAACAGAGAUCUAAAUGGUUCUGUGCUUCGCCCUUUUGGAAUUCAAGGUCCCAUAAAAAAGGUAAAGAUUUUGGUAUCCAAUAUUCCCAAGCCCAGAAAUUUUAUUCAGGUGAAAAAUUCACAAAAUUUUCAAGCACCUCUUGGGACUAUCACUUGAAUCAAACAUUUGGAAGACCCCCAAGACCCAGUUCUAAGCAUGUGUGGGCCUGUCCUGAGAGAUCACAAAGAAUGGGAGUUCUUGCAAAGUUUGGGGCAGUGGUCUCCCUGGUAGGUCACCUACGUUCUCUAGGUUCACAGGUAGCAGGACCAGUAGGGAAACCACAGCCCAAGCGAGCCCUGGCCCCAGGAAUAAAAAUUACUCAAGUAACUGGAAAGUUUAUUAGAACAGCAUCCCAUAGUAAAGAUCUUCAACCUCAGUGCUUUCAGCCAACAGGAAACACACAAAAACUAGUAAGACCUGCUUCUCAGCAAGGAAACAAGCUAAUGGCUCAGGGUAGGCCUUCAGAUUCAGUUUUCCAAAAAGGAUCUCAUUCCACAUCUAAGAGCAAAUUUUUACCCAGCUCUCAGUUCAUAUCCCAUCAGCCUAAGCCAUUCCAGGUGAAGCAUUUCCAGCCCAAAUCCUCUCAACCUGGGUCUUCUCAAGCAAAAUCUUCUCAGACAAAAACCCCUCAGCCCCAGCCCUACCAAGCUAAGCCUUCUCAGCCUAGACCCAUUCAACCUAAAUCAUCCCAGACCCAUGCUUCACAGACCAGAGCAUAUCAGCCAAGAGCAGGGCCCAAACGGGUAGGGAAGCGUUAA